AUGCGGGAGCGGGACCAGCGUCGUCCGGCCGACCCGCGGCUUCCCACGGUGGAAUUCCUCAUCCUCUCCGCGCAGUGCCAUGCGCAGCGGCUCGGAGUCGAUCCGAUUGUCAAGUACACCGCGCUGUCGCUCUUCGCCGAUCGGUUCUGCGCUUCUCUCUCCAGGUCUGAAGAGGGCAAUGCCAUUCAACACUGGCUACUACAGCCUAUUAGAGAGAGCAACCUGCAGUUCUUUUCACUCGUCUCUAUCUGGAUCUCAAGCAAAAUACAUCUGUCUCAGCCGCUGUCGGUAAAGACCUUGAAGUCUUGGGGGGAUCGGAGCAUCACUGAACAACAUUUUACAACUCGAGACUUUUCUGAAGGAGAAGUGGUCUUUUUGCAGAUGCUGGACUUUGAAAUUGGAUCCGCAAGUGAUGCUUUCAUGUUCCUCGAACAACUCUACAUCCAAUUCAAGGAAGUCGCAGCAGUAGGGAAGCUUUUGAGUUUUGAAGCAUGCAUGGAUGUCAUGGAUCUUCUCUAUGAAAAGGAGGACAUGACAAGGCUUUAUCGUUCUCCUCGCCCUCUUGCUGCAUCUAUCUUGGUUUGUUCCUAUCUUAUGACAGUCCCAAAACAGAGUUUGGAAUUUCCAAUUCUUGCUUGGGGUACUAUUUCGUGUUCAAGUUAUUGCCAUUUCAUCUUCUCCACGAUAGUUUCUUCUUUUCGCAACCAAAUAGUUACUGGACUAAGCCUUAAUAUGGUGUACCUUAACCAUAAGAUAUAACCAUAACUCUUCAUAUUACAUUAAAAAGAUCUUUUGCGGUAUAGGCACGUUAUAUUCAUGUUCAUGAGUCCUCUUUUUUCUUCCGCUUAAUCUAAUUGUAUUAUUGACCAACUCUCUUUUUCUCUCACAAAUAGUACAUGUAUUUUCUGCAUUCGCAUUGAUGAUGGUUGAGCUGCCUACAAAUUUUCUGAUAUGCUCUGCUGAUUUUCUGUUGGCUUGUAUCUCCACACCAAGUGAGCAUGUAAUGGAUCUUCAAGUGUUUCACCAUGACACCUUUGAUUUAAUACUGUUCCUAUAUUGUCAGCAAGACAGACAUAUCGGUGCUUGUUGAGAUAAUUUUUCACUGGCAUGACUGCUGAGCUGAAGUGUCAAAUUUGAGAACUCUGAAUGUUUUUAAGAAUUGUUUUGCUCUUUCAUGUUGAGUACCCAUUACAUUCCAGUACUGACUUGCUUCUGUUUAAGGGAAGAUGAGGGUUCCCCUGUGUUGCUCCUUAAAGCAUUUGGACCUCUUUUCCAACUUAUGUGAAUAAUGAGAUUUGACCUUAUCUUUUUUCAACCUAAUUAUCUGCAAUAUUAAAGGUUCAUUGUUUGGAUUUGAAUCCAUGUUAAUGAAUUGACUUUCUGUUUUUGCAGUGAAGUUUGCAGCUUUGUGCAAAGAAGAAGAAGUGAAGGAACUGGUGAAGGUCAUUCUUGGCCAUGUCUUCGAGCCUACCUGCUAGGAAGGAAGUACUGAAGAAGGAGAUUGCUCAUCGAAUCUGAUGCCAGUGCUAGGUCCUUUCCUUUCUUCUUUUACAUGUCUUGAUUUGUUGCAACAUAAUUCUUGUGGAUAAGGAUGCUUGAAGGAAAAACAGUGGAAAAGAACUAAACGUAGCGAAAAGGAAUUUCUCAGUUUUGUCUGUGGGCGCAUUCAUGAGGGAUGAUGAAAAAUUUCAAGAGUUGACGGAGAAAAGACAUGCUUCCGAGAUAAGGUUUUCGCAGGGGAUGUUAUGCUUUUCACUGACAGCACAGUAGUUAGCAAUAGUUAAAGUUUUAUCUAUAGAUAUGCAUAAAUACAUAAUUCACAUGCAAUAGUAGUAUCGACAAGUAGUGCAA